CUCAGCAACAUACAACAGCAGCCGCCACUAGCACAUCCUCCUUCGCUUUCUACCAUCCUCAUCCUCUGCCGCUGCUGCCGCCUCUUGUCAUUGUCCAUCCACCACUCUUAGACUUUGGCGUCCAAGAGGCGGCCAGCUAAGCAACACAUCGCCCAACAUGUCCUCCCCUUCAUCCUCUUACGGUGCUCACUCGCCAGAUUCGUGCGAUGCAUCCACUCCAUCCGCCUCUCCCUCGUCGUCCACAGCGAGCGUCAAUGCCGCCCCAACGCCUGCCAAGAAGCGCCCGCGAGUCUCACCGGACGAUCCGGCCCGCCUGGCCCGUCUAGCUGCACGACAGGCCCGCAACAGGCAGUCUGCACAAAACAGUCGUGAUCGAAAGAAGGCAGAGCAGUCGGCCAUCGAAGAGGAAGUGAUCACCCUCCGUCAACGCAAUGCCGAGCUUGAAGCCAAGGUGGCAGAGACAGAAAAGGGCAUCAGCGCACUCAUGGACCUCGUCAAGGUACUCAUGAAGAGCAGUGUCCCUCCACCAUCGCCUUCGACGCAAGAACAAGUGGCGCCCACCACAGUAGCACUAUCAGCACCAGCAGUACCUGCCUAUAGCCCCGACAGCCUUCUCACCGCAUCUCAAUCCUCUCUCGUCCCCUUCACGACCGACUCCUCUCUUGCUUCUCACCUCUCCUCCUCUCUCCUUCCCUCGACUGACUCUCUCGCAGCGCCGAUGGUUCCAGCUUCGUCGACUUCCACCCUCUCCCCCUUCUCGGCUCCCUCCGCUUCUCUCCUCUCCACUACCUCCUCGCAUCACUCAUCUUCAACUGCCAAUGUUUGCCAUCCUGCAGCGAUGGUGAAUCAUUCCCUACAGCGGACAUUGGCAGGGGUGACACCGACGAGUGUGGACGAGGAGACAAGAAGCGGAGGAGAGUCGACGAGGAUGAGCAGGGUAUGGGACCAUCACUAUGGCAGCAGCGUCAGAGUCGUCGAGGAUUCGUCGGAGCGAGGAAUGGGAGUCGGGAAGCAAGGCGAGGAGUCGUCUGAUGAUGGGGAACAGCAGAGGCAGCAAGACUCGGUCGAGCAGGUCGUCAAGGCGGAGCAGCAGGUCGAAGGUGUCACGGCGUCCGGCGAAGACCUCGGCCAACUCAAUCAUCGCCUCGCCAGUGAGCUACUCGAAGCCAUCCUCGGAGAAGCAGCAGCGCAGCAGGACGGUGCGGGUGAGGGUCAUCCUCAGACCUCUUACCAGCAACAGGAGGACCAAGGCGUCUACGGCAGCACUGAAGAAGCAACUGGCAUGGUGAGCGUUGCUCCCGCCAGCGACGUGGGCAUCAACACUGCGGACCCUGCCUCUGCAAGCUCAUGGGACUUCAAUUCUCUAGGCCUGGAUCUGGGACUGGACCUGAGUGUCGACAUGAAUCUGGACCUAGACCUACAUCUCGACCAGCAGGAUCACGAUGUCAGCGGCUGCAGCACUCCCCUUGGCGAACCCGUUGAUAGCAAUGCCGCUGAGCAAGACGUCGACGAUGCAGUUUGGAGAGGUGUGGUGGAUUCUUCGCUUUUGCAGGUCUACUGA